AUUUUUAUUUUCCAAUUCAGCAUAUAAAAUGGAGCACUCGAGCAGCACAGGUCUUCUCUCAGCUGUCAGGAUUCCUUUAUAUCAUCGAAAUGUGCGAACGCGCGACCGAAUAAGGAUGGCGGUCGGUUGGUAUUUGACGACGGGGCCGGCGCCAGUCAUUCAGCGACCCUUCGCCGGCAUUUACAACCCCUUCCCCUACAGGUGCUCCGUUUUGUGCAACCACCCCGCCGAUUUGGAGGUGAAACACGGCCUUCGAAGAGUAAAUAGAGGAUCGCAAUUGGUUGCUGAGGGCAAUGAAGUGCCUGGGCUGGAAAGUUUCGUCGGCCCUAAGCACGCGCGACUCUCAUUUAUGAACGCGCCGGCAAUGACAGACGAUUGGGUGCCUGAGGAACUUUUCCGCAAAUACACGGAAACAGAUUCAAGACCACCAUCGCCAGCUCCGACGCUCGCUAGUUUGGACACAAUCAGAAAUUCGUCGAAUAAAAGAUCCGCCACGGCGCACCUUUCAAGCGGCAAGGAGAACAAAACGCAAAUUGUACUGGACCUUCGGCGAAGUCACAGUCAGGACACGUUGAGUUGGCGCGAAAUGGUGACCCCCGUGCCACUGCUGCCCCCGCCGUCGCACGAAAAGCCUCCCGGUCACCGCCACUUUUACACCCCCGCACCGAUCACGCAGCGACGACGUGCUUCGCCCCCGCAGAUAAUCCGCCGCCCCCGACUGCCGCCCCCGAGCGUCCGAGCCCCGAAACAAAAAGAGCCCGAAGCGGCGGCGCCUCCGACUGCUCAGGUCGUGCCGCCCCCGGAAGUGGUGGUCGUCACCGAGGAGGACUUGAACAACAUGUUGGGGGUGGAGAUGACGCCUCGGAGGCGGGGGGUGCGACGCCGGGGGCGCAAAAAGUCGCGGGGCCAGAGUCCAUCUAAAGAUUUCCAGCACUUGGAGGAAUUGGCCGAGACGCAGGUUUCAAUGGGGCAGAAUUCCGAGCCGUCGGAACGACCUUCCGAGUCGGGUCAGGUUGAAGUGCAGGAGAUGCUGGAAAAGGUCAAGGGUGGCCAGGGUGGGCCGCCGAAGACGACGUUCACCUCGUUCUUGAGUGAAGAUGUCAUUCGCCAACUGCAGAGGCAACUCGACUGGCACCUCGUCGAGGCAGAAUUUGACUUGAAGCGACGAGUGGCUCUGCUGGAGGCAAUGCGCGCUCCUCCGAUGAUUUCCCCAGAGGGUGCCGAGAACCACUACUUUUCCUUCCAACCGGCCAACCUGUGGGUCUCCGUUCCGCGCUCCUUUUCCAGACGCAGCGCCAGGUUCGAACUUCCCAUGGACAGCAGAAAAUUAGCCAAAAUGACUCCGCUGCAGUAUGCGCAACAACUCGUCCAAGUUUCUCGCAGCAGAAAACUUCUCUACAACGAAAUUUUCGACCAACGCCGAAUUGAGAAUGGAAUGGAAAACGAACUGCGAAUGAUUAACUUCAAUGUGUUACCAGAAAGUUUGUCUAAAGUGAUGGGUCGCGAGGUUGGCGAGGAUGAUUUGCAUUUUUUGGCUAAUUUGCUCGCCCUGCCCGAGCCUGUUUGGCAAGAACCGGCCACUUUGGACUUUCGAACUUUCUGCGGCUUGUGCGCCAUCGCCGAAAGAGUGCUCGGAACGAGAUGGGGUCUGCUCGAGCCGUCGGAAAUCGACCCCAAGCACUUGGUGGAGCAGGCGGACUUUUCAAAACUGGAGACGAGAUUGCAAAACGUCAGCAAUGAGGAUUCGGCGAUGCCACGACUUCUUUCAACAAUUAAAAAUUCAUGAUUUUCCUCGAUUUUCCUUACCAAAAAAAUUUAAUACAUAAAAAAUUAAAAUUUUUAGGGUUAAACUUAAAAAGGUUCAGAUAGUCUAUCAAAUUUAUGAAAAAAUUCAACUCUCUUCAAGUUUUUAAAGAAUUUGUAUUAAAAGAUCAAAUAUUGAAAAUAAAAAAAAACUCUGCAUAAAAUUAUAAGAAUUAAAAUCGUUCAGAA